GAAUGAAGCUAUGUUGAAUUUACUUUUUGAAACUUCAUUUUCAGUUCUUCCCCUGAAGAAAAAACCAAAAUUAUUGAAAUAUAAAACGUAGAUCUGACGCAAGUAAUAUUAAAAAUAUAAAUUCGAUAUUUCUUUUUUAUCAUUUCAUAUUAUUAAAUCGUUGACUUAUAUUUGAAUUAGAAAAGAGAUGGCUAAUUCUAUGGUGCAACUGGACAAGGAAGAAAAUAAGGAGAUGAUGAUUAUAUGGCAGGACAUUGUUCGUGAUACCAUGGAAAUGGCUAAGAAUUUAAUCACUCCAGAUGUUGCUGAUUGGAUUGAAAAAAUGCUGCAAUAUACUGUCCCAGGAGGAAAGAAAAUUCGUAGCUUAACAUUAAUUUAUGCCUAUAAGUCGCUGGUAUCUAAGGAUCAAUUAACAGAAGAUAAUAUUCGUCUAGUACGGAUUUUAGCAUGGUGUGUAGAACUGAUGCAAGCCUCUUUAAUCGUGAUUGAAGAUAUACAGAAUCAGUCAUUACUUCGCCGGGGCCAACCAUGUUGGUAUCGGUGCAAUGACAUAGACAAAGCAGCUAUCAACGAUUAUAUACUGUUACAGAACACCAUAUAUUACAUACUCCAAAAAUACUUCAAAGACAAAGAAUGUUACGUUAGUCUAGUAGAAACAUUCCAAGAAGCUUUAUUCAUGACUGUAAUGGGUCAGUAUUUAGAUUUCUUUUCAACCGAACUUAGUAAGAGGCCCAAUCUAGAUCUAUUUACAAUGGAUCGAUAUAGUUCCAUUGUCGAAUAUAAAGAGUCGCAUUAUUCAGUUAUUUUGCCAGUAGUCGUAGCAAUGCAUUUAGCUGGAAUAAAAGACUUAAAUAUGUUCAAGCAAGCAAAUGUCAUCUUGUUAGAUAUAGGACAUUUAUUCCAAGUUCAAAUCGACUAUUUAAAUUGCUUUGGAGAUUCCGAUGUCUAUGGCAAAGACAGCACUGAUAUACAGAAGGGAAAAUGUACGUGGCUGAUUGUUGCAGCACUUUUACGCGCCACUUCGGAACAACGUAAAGUUUUAAAAGAAUGUUAUGGAAUUUUGGAUCCGCAGAAAAUAAAACGCGUGAAACAGAUCUUCAUUGAUCUGGAUUUGCCAAACGCUUACAAUAUGUACAAAGAACAUAUGUAUAAUGUAAUAAAUGGACGUAUAGAGCAAAUAUCAUGUGAACUUCCACACAGCCUUUUCUUAAAUUUAUUAGAGAAGCUUUAUCACCAGUCAUCAUGAAUUCGUUCUUUAUAUUGAAAAUACAAACUGUAUUAUAUAUCUUAUCAUUAUGGAUUUAGAGUUGAAUUAGAAUAAAAUAAACCUCUUGUCUGAUAAUAAAUUUGAAAUCUCACGUAAUGUUAUUUUUAAAAAAUAAAAUCAAGAUUUUCUAUAAAUUUUACGUAUAAGGAA